AUGAGUGGUCUCAGUCAUUACUGUGAUCUGAGGCUGGAUACAAAUUUGACAGCCAAGGGCAUUGCUUCUUGGGUUGAUGAAAACAAGCCCCCUGGAUGGAUACACGGAAACAUCAGUCAGCCACAUGGAGACAUUACUUAUAGCCCAGAGCACAACAUCUACACCUUUAACAAGGAGACUGGUCAUGUUCAAAGAAGACAGGUGGAACAGCAGCAAAGGCAGAGCUUUCUCCUAAAACAAAUUGUGCACCAACUAAAUCCUUCCAAAUCACCAAACUCACUCAACAACAGUCUGUUUGAAGAUUCACAGUGGAUAGGGAUGCACAAGGUCCAAGCAAAGCGAAGAUCUUUUCUUCAAAGCUUCUGCAAAAAGUACAAUGGCAACCUACAACCCACGACUAAUCUCAGCCAGAUGGUAUCCCGAAUAUACGUGGAGGAGAAACACAAAAUUCUGUACUGUGAGGUUCCUAAAGCAGGCUGUUCUAACUGGAAGAGAACACUGAUGGUUCUGAGUGGUCUUGCUCCUUCAAUAGAUAAGAUCUCCCAUAAUGCAGUGCAUUAUGGGAAGCACCUCCAUAAACUGGACAACUUUGAUGUUAAAGGUAUCUACGAGCGCCUUGACUCUUUCACCAAAGUCAUUGUAGUCAGGAACCCAAUGGAAAGACUGGUGUCUGCCUUCCGGGACAAAUUUGAGCACCCAAAUAAUUACUACCACCCUGUUUUUGGAAAAGCUAUUAUUAAGAUGUACAGAAAGAAUGCCACCCAAGAAGCUUUGACCACCGGGUCAGGGGUUACAUUUAAAGAAUUUGUGCAGUAUCUGUUGGACUCCCAGCGUCCAAUGGGUAUGGAUAUUCACUGGGAGACAGUCAAUAACCUAUGUUUUCCCUGCAUAAUAAAUUAUGAUUUUAUUGGGAAAUUUGAGACACUUGAAGAAGAUGCCAACCACUUCUUAAGAUUAAUAGGGGCUCCAGAGGAUCUAAAGUUUCCUGCUUUUAAAGACAGACAUUCAACUGAUGAAAGGACUACAUCUUCAGUAGUUAACCACUACAUGCUACAACUGUCCCCUGCAGAAAGACAACUGACCCAUAACUUCUAUCUUUUGGACUACCUAUUGUUUAAUUAUACAAGGCUUUGGGUAUAAUCAAAACAGCACUGUUUUAUUGUAAUUGUUUCAUGUAUUUUGCGACACUUUUUUCGCAAUACCUCUACCAAAAUCGUUUGAACACCCAUGAGUAAAUACUCCUGUGUCUGCUUCAAGCAGUACAGGGCUACAUAGC